AUGGCCACCUGCUGCAAGGUCUGGCGCACGGAGGACGACACACCGAGCCUAAGAGAGGCCAGCUCUCACACAUCAGCGGCUGGUGGUUUGGAGAACAUGGGGGCUGAGCUGUUGGAAAGCCUGGCCUGUCCCCUCCCCCACGCUGGUUUGGCCCCGCCUGGUGAGAGGGGCCUUUGUUCAUCAUCUUCCUCCCGCCGCCACCUCCUCCUCACCUCUUUGCUUGAACACUUAGCCCCCAGCUGUAAUUCUCGCGUGAGGCGGGAAGCACACUCUGGUCCAUCUCUGGUGGCUUUAGGAGGAAGGCCGGGACCCUGGCACAGUGACUCAAGCCCUGCAGAAGUCAGGGACAGCGGGAGCAAGGCUGGCCCGGAGCCCUCCUCAGGGUGGAGGAGGAGCCUGCAGCCAGUCCUGAGGGUGAGACGCUUCUGCAGGGAGCACGCACAGCUGCUUCGAUGGAUCUGCACAGGCCUGCUAUGUACUGCAUUUGCUGCCUUCCUGCUGAUGGCCUGCCUCCUGGAUUUCCAGAGGGCCCUCACCUGUGUGGUGAGGGUCCUCACCCGUGUGGACCUCGUCUUCCUGGCCCACAGCCUGCUGAAGAGGCUGCUGGGGCCAAAGCUGCUGAGGUGUGUCAAGCCUCUGGGGCAUCCCAGCCCGAACCUCUGGUUUAAGAGGGAGCCCUUUCUAGCCCUUGCUGCUUUCCUGGCCCUGAUCCUAUGGCUGGUUCUGGACACCUCUCAGCGGCCUGAGCAACUGGUGUCCUUCGGAGGAAUCUGCAUGUUCAUCAGCCUCCUCUUUGCCUUCUCAAAGCAUCACCGCGCAGUAUCCUGGCGGGCUGUGUCCUGGGGUCUUGUACUACAGUUUACACUUGGACUCUUCGUCAUCAGAACAGAACCAGGAUUUAUUGCAUUUCAGUGGCUGGGCGACCAGAUCCAGAUCUUCCUGAGAUACAGGUCCAGCUUCUUGUCUGGGGAGGCUCUGGUCAAGGAUGCCUUUGCAUUUCAGGUUUUGCCCAUCAUUGUUUUCUUCAUCUGUGCCAUGUCCGUUCUCUACUAUGUGAGCCUCAUGCAGUGGGUGAUCCUGAAGAUCUCCUGGCUGAUGCAGGCCACCAUGGGCCCCAUGGCCACGAAGACCCUGAGUGUGGCUUGAAACAUCUUUGUGAGCCAGACUGAGGCUCCUCUACUGAUCCGGCCCUACUUGGCAGACAUGACACUCUCUGAAAUCCACGUUGUCAUGACCAGAGGCUACGCCACCAUUGCCGGCAGCCUGCUGGAUGCCUACAUCUGCUUUGGGAUAUGUAGAAUCGAUGCUGCCUCCUUAAUUGCUGCCUCUGUGAAGGCUGCCCCUUGUGCCUUAGCCCUCUACACGGAGGUGGAGGAGUCCAAGUUCAGGGGUGAGGAAGGAGUGAAACUGACCUACAGAGAUGCUCAAAACCUCUUAGAAGCAGCUAGCAGUGGGGCUGCCAUGUCCGUGAGGGUCGUGACCAACAUCGCAGCCAACCUGAUUGCUUUCCUGGCUGUGCUGGCCUUCAUCAAUGCUGCCCCCUCCUGGCUGGGAGACGUGAUGGACGUCCAGGGGCUCAGCUUCCAGGUACAGCUCAUCUGCUCCUACAUCCUGUGGUCAGUGGCCUUCUUGAUGGGAGUGGCCUGGGAGGGCUGCCCGGUGGUGGCUGAGCUGCUGGGAAUGAAGCUGUUUCUGAACGACGGGCGCCGAGGAGUGGGCCGGUUCCAGGAAGCAGUGGAUCUCUGGGCCACCAUCCUGCUCUUCAGGCAUGACCGCACCUCAAAGGACCUCAGCCUGAGCGCAUUCUCCGUAAACAAAGGUCAGAGCAGAAAUACGACGUUUGCCCUCUGUGGAUUUGCCAACUUCAGCUCCAUUGGGAUCAUGCUGGGAGGCCUGACCUCCAUGGCCCCCCAGCAGAAGAGCAACUUCUCCCAGAUCAUGCUCUGGGUGCUCUGCACGGGGGCCUGUGUGUCUUCUCUGGUGAAUGCCUGCGUGGCAGGGAUCCUGUACAUGCGGGGGGCUGAGGUCUACUGUGUGUCCCUCCUGAACACGACCCUCAGCAGCAGCAGUUUUGAGGUGUACCAGUGCUGCCGCCAGGCCUUCCAGAGCACCGACCCGGAGUUCACCCUAGAGGCCCUGGACAACUGCUGUUGA